CAUUUAUCAUUUCUCCAGUCGGCCAACAAGUGGCAGCUGCCAAAAAGGUUUUGUGUUCAACGGAGACGGGACAGGGAGAAACCAGCAAGAAGACUGCACCCUCAGGAGCUGGCUGUCCCUGUGCAGCUGGAUGGGGAUACAAAGCAGAGAAGCAGAGACAGAGGACCAGGGCACCGAAGAAAGCCAAGAAGCGGAUAGAGGGAGGGAGCUCCAAUGUGUUCUCCAUGUUUGAGCAGACCCAGAUCCAGGAGUUCAAGGAGGCCUUCACAAUCAUGGACCAGAACAGAGAUGGCUUCAUUGACAAGAAUGACCUAAGAGACACAUUUGCUGCCCUAGGACGUGUGAACGUGAAAAAUGAAGAGAUUGAUGAAAUGAUCAAAGAGGCUCCAGGUCCAAUUAACUUCACUGUGUUCCUCACGAUGUUUGGGGAGAAACUUAAAGGGGCUGACCCCGAGGAGACCAUUCUCAAUGCAUUCAAGGUGUUUGAUCCUGAAGGCAAAGGGUCGCUGAAGGCUGACUAUGUCCGGGAGAUGCUGACCACACAAGCAGAGAGGUUCUCUAAAGAGGAGAUCGACCAGAUGUUCGCAGCUUUUCCCCCUGACGUCACUGGCAAUCUUGAUUAUAAGAAUUUGGUCCACAUCAUCACCCACGGAGAAGAGAAGGACUAAGCCUUGAACCACAGCCUUGGGUGACUUACGGCCCCCUCUCCAUCCCCAGUCCCUGCUGCCCCAGCCUGCAGGUGUGCACCAUCCCAGGGUUGUGUGCAAAUAAACAGGAAGUCUUGGA